AUGAUCUUCAUUAACGGCCUGUGGGAGAAGAUGUUGCAAGUACCUAAUAUUGCCAGCCCACCCGUCUUGUCUCAGUGGGUCCAUGAGGGGCUUCAGCCAUUCCUGGUCAAACCCGAGGUCUUUGCUUGCCUCCAUGACAAAACCGUGUCGUGCGAGACGUUUCGAACGAUAGUCGCUGCCCUGAAUGGCAUAUAUUCUGACCUUUCAGUGGAAGAACAGAGGAAUCUUUACACCGGGAUCAAAUACUAUCUCCUCCAGGAUGGAUCAAACCAAAAGUGCUACAAUCCAGCCAUUCCAGGUCUCAAUUCCACUGCUUGGUUUGAAAAUUAUCUCGGAUCCUUUUUGGAGCAUGCUACUGUUGAAGACCUGCAGCUUUUCGGUGAUGAACCAACACUUCAAAAAUUUGCCAUGGAUCCGGUCAAUAUGCAGAUGAUCAGCAACCUCACCUUGCUCCGGGAGACGGCUGUGUACUACACCUCGCUACUCACCUCUGCACCUGGUUUUCCCUUAUCGAGUCUGCCAGACAGAUUUGUUUGCUACUUGAGCCCCUCGGCAGUGAGCAGCCUGAGCAGGGACGACGCUUUGAGCUUGGCCCAGCGAAUCACUAAGAACUGCCCAUCGAACCUGACGCACAGAGGAAUAACUGGAGAGCGAGCUCCCUCCUCCCUGACGACAGAGGAACUGCAGGUUGCGUCCUCUUUGGUGAGGAAGUUUGAGCAUUUCCCUCCUGCGAUCCUGCGUGCAUUGGGCCAGGCUGCGGUUGGGCUGUCUGUAUCCGACAUUGAAAACAGCAUCACUGAUGAAGACCUUGAAGCCUCUAUUCCCGCCCUGGGUAAAGUUUCCGGCUGGAACGCUGAGCAGUCCAGCACUAUUAUCAACAAACUGCUCAGCUCUGGCUAUCAGAUCCCGAAUGGACAGAGCCUGGCGACGUUGGGGAGCUUGAUGGCUGGCCUCAACAGCAGCACGCUUCAAAGUCUGUCUCCAGAAGUGAUCUUAGAAGCUAUUCAGUUGCCUGAGUUUGUUCAGCAACUGGUGACCCUGCCCUCUGCUCUGAAAAUGGCAUUUGUGGAAAAGAUUUCCUCCAGUGUAGACCACCCUGCUGACCUGGUUAAAUACAUCCCUGAUGCUCUGGCCAGUUACAUUCCAAAAUUUUUGCUUGUUUUUGGGGAAAAGAAGCCCAGCGUUCAGGAUCUCAACAGUAAACCGUGGACCCGAGAACAGGCUGCCAUGUUUUUCAGUGAUGUGAUACAGGCAGAGCCUGACUUCAGCAGGCUUUCCCCGUCAGUCCUCCAAGGCUUCACCUGCGCAGCUGUCAGUGAGAUGGAAGCAGAAAGACUUCAGGAGCUGGCCAGAGUCAUGAAGGAGAAGAAUGUCAAGCUGGGAGGAGACCAGCUGAGUUGCUUAGUGAAGAUGGUGACGCUGCAUGGGAUUCCCAAGGAUUUAGAUAACUAUCCUAAAGACCUGUUGUUGUUUUUAAGCCCUUCAGACUAUGCAGCGACAGGAAGCUGUAGGCAGUACUUCACUAAUAUUGGGAAAGCGAAUCUUGAUGUUCUGCAGAGAGAGUCACCUCAGCGGAAACAGCUGCUCCAGGAGGCGUUGGCAUGUUUGGUACGUGGUGGGUGGCCUCCUGCAGCAUGGUCAGCGUUUACCUUGAAUGAGCUGAGUGGCUUGAUUCCUGUAUUUGGUCACAGCAUCUUGCAGAAGAUCCCCAAGAAUGCUUUAACAGUUUGGCUGAGAAACUUCGCACAGGAUUCAGCUCUGUCGAGGGAGCAGCUGGCCACUGUUGUUGAAGAACUCCUGCCUACGAGGCACAAGCGUGCCGACGGUUGUCCGCCUGGCAAAGAGGUAACAGAGAUGGUUUUAAACGAUGACUUGAUGCCUAUUUACUACACACCUGAGGAGUUACACGCUUGCCUGAAGAAUGUCUCUCUGGAGAAUCACCUCUCUCAGAUACUGACCUACCCCUUCAGUGUUGAGCAGUUGGCUGUGCUGAAGAGGGUUCUGGAUGAGAUGUAUCCUGAUGGGUAUCCUCAAAGGCUGCUCCCCAACCUGAGCACUCUCCUUUUUUUCAUCACCCCGGAGGACAUUACCAAAUGGAAGAUAACUUCAGCUGACACGCUGGCUGCCUUGCUAGAAAAUCAGCCCUCUGAUGCUCAGGCAUCUGCAAUCAUCGGACGAUAUGUUGGCUUGGGAAAUGCCUUGAAUGCCACUGCGCUGAACGCCAUUGGUAUGAAAUACAUCUGCCUCCUAAAUGAGACCGAGCUGAACACCAUAGACUCCGACAGCUUGAAACCGGUAUCUCUGAAUGUUUCGGCCUGUUCACAGAUCACGAAAGACAUCUUGUAUCUUAAAGCUAAACGUGCUUUCUCGGCCCAGCGCAAUGUACCUGCCUACUAUGAGCUUAUUCAGCCAUAUCUAGGGGGCGCUCCUGCUGUGGAUCUCCAAGCUCUAAGCAAGGACAAUGUGAACAUGAACAUUAGUACUUUCGUGGCGUUAAGGAGAGACUCUUUGAUGAGCCUGACAAUUCCCGAGGUUUGGGGCUUGCUAGGGAUAAAUUUCCGAGAUCUGAGGAAAUGGCAGAACAAGUCUCCCAUCCGGGAGUGGGUCCAAAAGCAAAAACAAAUGGAUCUGGAUAAUCUGCACACUGGGCUCACUGGAGGAACACAAGAAGGCUACAUGAACAUCGUCACGCCCAAAUUUCAGCGAGGAGAGCCGGCCUGCGAAGACGUGGUUGAUGUUCGUUGCUCACGCUUUACGCGAGGAGAACAGGACAACCUGGUCUGUUCUUCAUG